AUGGGAUCGACCGCCACGACGGCCAACGUGGCCCACGAGACGCUGGCGCGCGUCUACGCCUCGUCCGACGUGGCCGCCACGCGGGCGCUGUACGACGAGUGGGCGACGACGUACGACGCGGAAAUGGCCGACGCGUCGCAAAACUACGUCGGCCCCGCGCUCGCCGCCGCCUGCGUGCUCCGGACGCUGGGGCCCGAGGCGACGGCGCGCGCGGCGGUGCUCGACGCCGGCUGCGGCACGGGCCUUGUUGGCCUGCACCUCGCGCGCGCGGGCGCCCGCACCAUUGACGGCAUCGACCUGAGCCCGGGGAUGCUCGCCGUCGCGCGCAAGACGGGCGUCUACCGCGCCCUCGACGCCGUCGACAUGUCGGGCCCGCUGCCGCCGCGCGACGGGGCCUACGCCGUCGCCGUGUGCAUCGGCACCUUUACCCAGGGCCACGUCGGGCCCGGCGCCAUGGACGAGCUGGUCCGCGUCGUGAAGCCCCAGGGCCUCGUCGUCGCCACUGUGCUCGCUGCCAUUUGGGAGACGGGCGGGUACGCGGCCAAGGUUGCUGCCCUCGUGGCUGAUUCUAGGGUCAAGCUGCUCGGCGCUGAGCUGAUUGACUACCGACAGGGCGCGGGCGUGCAGGCCCGCUUGGUUGUUCUUGAAGUGCUAUAG